AAGUGAAAUAACAUGGGAGCGGAGUUUGGCUGUGAGCAUCAACGAUGUUUUGAAGCGUUUUAAGUCGAUUUGAUUGCACCAGACUGGCCAGUCAUUUCCAUUUACACCUGUAGGAUGGCAGGUGGAGUUGACUUUGGAGGAAUGACUGUGGUCUAAAAAUCAGAUCACAUGUCAUGUCUGUGGCAGGCAGAGAGAAGUCAUCUGAGGCAGAGCAACAGAGCAGAAUGGUAGAUAUCAUGAAUGAACUCAUAGAUGAGGUUUCUUUGGGCCUUUGUUUUGAAGUUCAUCGUUCAUGUAAAAUGGGAACCUUAUUUCUAGACGAAACAGACCCACAAUCGGAGCGUCAACAUGCUAUUGUUGAUAAACAAGGAGUGGAUGUAUUUGGCCAUGUCCCAUCCAAGAAACAGUUUGAGUGCGUGUGUCCCAACUGUCAGCGUAACUUGGCAGCCUCAAGGUUUGCUCCUCACCUGGAGAAAUGUAUGGGAAUGGGCAGGAAUAGCUCUAGGAUUGCUAGUCGCAGGAUUGCCAAUGUUGGGAAGAGGGACAGUGAUGAUAGUGGAGAUGAUGAUAAUGAUUCUGACUGGAGUGGCCACACCGAGAAGAAACCAGAGCAUGCUAAAGUACGUAAGCUGAAGAGACAAGACAGGAGGAGUGAUUCCCCAAGAAGGACUAAAUCUCUGAAGCCCAGGAAUGGCGACUAUUAUGCUGAUGCCCCAAGGCCUGGCACUCCAGAAUCUGGGCCCCCUGUCUAUGAGUCCAUGACAAGAGAUGAAAGGAAAGCUUUAUUAUUGAGUACAUGUGGAGUUAUUUCAGAACAUACCAAAAAGAUGUGUACUAGGUCUCACAAAUGUCCUCAGCAUUCAGAUGACCAGAGAAGAUCAGUGAGGCAGUAUUUGCUAGGUCAUGCUCUUGGCAUUACUGAGAGUGAGGACAUCCAGGUUGACAUUGAUAGUUUUGAUGACACUGACAGCCAGUCUUUGAGAGAAACUCUACAGUGGGAAGCCGGCUCUAAUCCCUCCCCUGCAGAUUCUACCUCGACAAACAACAGUACAAGUUCCAGGAAGCGCUCCGGUAAAUCUAGCUCCAAGUCCCACAGUAAGAAGAAAAAGUCCAAGUCCAGCAGUAGUCAACAAUCGAACAUUGCCAAUCUGUAUGACUUCAGUUGAACAAUGUUC